UCGUGCCGGCAAGUACGAAGCAGUGAGGGCCUCGCGUGCCUCGCCCCAGGACUCCGGUCCGACGGUCGUGGUCGCGGUGCCGGGACUAGCCGGGACCGACCGCGGCGCGGGCCACCGGUUGCUCCAACCCGGUGGACACGGUGGACACCAUGUCGCGAGAGCGCGAGUGAGACAGUGCAGUGGUCCUGUGAGAAUGCCGCGUGGAUUUCAGUGCAGCAUGUCACCGUGAAGCUCGCAGCACCAAGCAGUGCCGGCCUAGCCAUGCCGUUCGUCCUCAGGACGGUGCAGCCCGUCUACGUGAGCAGGGCCAAGCUGACGGGCCCGGACGGCAAGCCCCUGGUGCAGGACUACGAGCUGGAGGCGGUGUUCAACGGCACGCUGUGCUGCGCCAUCCGGCAGCUGUCCUCGCUGCUGGAGGCGGCCGACGACCUGUUCGCCGGCCUCACCAAGGAGAUGACGAGCAUCGCGGAGCGCGCCACCACGCUGCAGCAGCGCGUCCGCCGCGUACAGGAACGCGUCGACGCCCACGACCCCAAGCUCGUCACAGUCCCCGAGGGCGACCUGACGGCCUUCUCCGCCUUGCCGCGCGACGCGCACUUCCACCCGGCGCACCUCCGCGAGCCGGCCAAGGCCCUGUUCCUGGCGGACAGCCGGCCCGCCGCGGUGCAGCGGCUGUACGCGGCGGCGGCGCGGCCCACCCUGGACGACGACGCGCUGGCCCAGCUGGACCGGCUGCGCAAGGACGGCGCCCGCUCCUCCACCCUCUUCCUGUGCACGCCCACCCUGGGCCGCACGCGCACGCAGCGCCUCCGCAAGAAGGUGGUGGACAUCGACAUCGAGACCAGGAAGCCCGCCUCGGUCGUGGAGCUCCGGAGGUGGACGUCGACGGAGGCGCUGGGCGACAUGACGGUGCACCCGGACUGCACGGUGCGCAUCGCGGGCCGCGACCAGGACGACGUGGACGCCGACGCCUCCCUGGACGCCAGCGAGUACCUCGGCGUGGACUCGACGGUGCGGCCGGGCGACGACCAGGUGGACCACCAGCUGCCCACCACGGAGGAGCAGGUCAAGGCCAUCGCGGGCAGGUUCCCCCCGGAGGUCGUCAAGGUGGACGUGACGGGCAAGCCGUUCACGCGGAUGUCGCGCCACCGCCGCUCCCUGCUGCACCCCGCCGGCGCGGGCUGCGGCGCGGCCUCCACGGAGGAGGAGGAGGCCAGACGACGGACGCGGCCUCGGCGGCAGCGCAGCCGCAGAAGGAACACCAUCGCGGGGACGGACCAGAAGGAGAUCGAGGAGGCCCUGCACGGGGAUAGGUCUGCCUACACCAACACCACGGCGACGGUGGAUGACAUCAUCCUGAGCAGCAGCAGCAUGAUCGACAGCCACCCGAAGGGCUCCAAGGAAACGACCGCGGACUUCAAGAAGUGGGCCUUCAACUCGCUGAGGCGCUGGGGCCGCUCCAGGUUCCGGGCCAUCGGCAACAGCAACAGCAACACGUCCACCUCGUCCAACAUGGUGUCUGGGGAGCUCCACGCGGCAGACCCCGUGGACGACAUUAACGUCUAUGAAACGGUGGCCGGCAAGCGAAGAGGAGCAGGCAAUAUUCCAAUUUCAGCUGGUAUAUCUGGACCAAUGUCACUUGCUGUGAAAUUAAGAGAGGGAAGUUUAGGUCAAAGGCGGCUCAAGAUCAACGAUGAACCACCUCACUCCAGCAGUGGCAACUGGAGUGCGUCCUCCGAAAGUGGAAGAGCUUCUGUGAAUUCAGACUCAAGCCAUCAGCCCAAAUCAAGUACCUGCAGCAGUAUAUUACCCCAAAGAAGAAGGUUUAUCAACAAUUCAACUUCAUCAUCAGUAACAUCAGAAGGAACUUUAACUCCUGAGGAUAUGGCAGCCCUACCAUUUGCGGAUGAUGGCGAAACCAGCUCGGUAUAUUCGUGUGAUACAGAGGGAUACUACACUUCAUUCCACAUGGACAGUGGUCUGAAGACAUUGAAGGAAGAAGAGGUUGGAUCAGGCUUCUCACUUCCUCCAACACCAUUGCAUUCCACUUCAGCUCUGUCAAAUUGUUCCUCAGGCAGAGGUUCUGCUAGCUUAGCACAGUUAACAGCUGAAAGUGAAUAUGAAUUGUUUGGCAAGGGGUCAACAUCAACAACUGCAAGUUCUGCUGGUACUGUGUGCACAACAUUACUUGCAGACCAUAGUCGAGGAGGAGACAAUAGCCUUGGGAGUGAUCGAUCACUCAGCAAAGGACCAGCUGUGCCAGAGAGGAAAAGUUCUCUUAAUGUACCUUGUUUGGCACAGGAGUGUCCUCCUUGUUCCACAGUUGUUGCACUUAUUCAUAACUCAAGCCAAGGUCACUCACCACGUUCAAUUUCUGGAGAUUCGCCAGAUAGUGGACAUAACACUUCAAGCUCACCAAUUGAAUCCAUGAGCAGUCCUCAAGAUGCCGAAACAGAUGCUCUAAUCUCCCCAAUACCUAGUUUGACAUCCGAGAUGGAGUUUUCUGAAUGUUCUGAUUUUGAAGGAAUGGAUCGCAUUGAGAGAAUAAGAGUGAAGACGACCAUCAAUACCAGCAGAAUACCAUCGAUGUGUGCUAUUACUCCGCCUCAAAGUGAUGAUGAAACUAGUUUGCGUCAAUUUUCUGGCAAUGGCACAGCAGAUCUUCCCCGAGCCCCUGCUCCCUUACCUCAUAACAUUCAUCCUGAAUCGAACCAGAAUUUGAAUAGGAAUGAUAAUCAUAGCUUCAAUGAGAAUGGCGGCAUGCAUCUAAUUGACAAUAAUGCCAACAAACAUGGUGUUGACAAUAAUUGCAAUGCAAGACCAACAAUUCCACUAACUAAUACUUCUGGAAGAAGUAUCAUUCAUUGUGAUAAAAAUUCAGGAUACGCAACUAUCCAGACACUGGACAAUGCUAGCAAAGAGAACAACAUCAAUCAGAAAGCCCGUCCACCAUCACCAAGUGGUGGAACACUUUUUAUAAAUACCAAAGCAAUUGAAGAAGAAUCAUCCUUCCACAACCAACCAUUCAUCAAAGAUGCUCUGAUUCCAUUCACUAGCAUUCUAAACAAAUUUCGUAGAGCUACACAUACAGGUCACAAUAAAAGCGGAUCUAAAGCUGUUGAUUCUACGAAAGAAGACAACUUGGAUGAAUCUGGAGAAUAUGUCACUAUAACAGAUGUUAAGAACAACAACAAGCCUGACCCUGCAUCUUUCCGUACUCCUCAGCGCUCUGAAAUUCCAGAGCCUGCUCGUGAGUCAAAUAUCAAUAAGACAUGGGAAAGUCUGGAAUAUGUUUCCCUAAAUGAAAUUGGCACCAAUCCCUCUGACCUUCACUCUCCGGAUGUUCUCUCCGGCUCAUCAAAUGAGUCUUCUUUGGAGAGGAGAAAACGACAGGGUGCACGUGUCACCUUGGAUUCAGAAGGCAAAGUUGUAUACUCUUCUGAUAGUCUGCGACGCAGGAAAGGAGCUCAUACUACAUUCGCUCCAGGCCAGUAUGUGAAAGACCCGUCUGUGUCUCCAUCACCAAGCCCUGUAGCAAACCAUCGGACACCAAAAGCCAUAAUCCGACCGGUUCAGCAACAAACGCCUGUGAAUGCUGAUGAUUCUUGGAGCAAAUCUCCAUUGAAAUCUAACAUUCGAUCCUCCAUGUCAGGCACAUUGAGCACUAAUAUUAGUCCGGCAUCAAAUCCUGCAGCCCGUAUUUUCAGCAAUGAAUUAAAUAGUUCCAACAACAAAGCUAUCAGAAGGUCACCUGCUCCUUCUGCAAAUCCAACGGAAUUGAUGAAUGAACCUCAAAAGGUUGUGUCCACAGGGCAGCUCUCAGAUGCAACAAAUCAGAAAAACAGGGUCAUCAUAAGAGCUGGGAUAUCAUCCCCAACCAAGGAAGUUGCCAAGAGUCUGAGUCCCAUGAGAUCCCUUUCUCCACGAUCAGUUGCAGUGCCAAGAGGAGCGUACGUCCAAAUGCCUCCAGACCGUUCGGUGUUCAAGACUCAGUCAGCAUACUUGCAAACUGAUUUUGAUGGCCCUGAGGAUUCUGUCAAAGCACCAGAAGGCAUUUCUCCCCCUAGACUCUUUAGGGAUUCCCUCCAUCAUACAUAUCACCCUACACCAAGAUCAACAGAAAAAAUUGCUGCAUCUCAUCCUGUGUACCAAAAUGUGUCCAGCCUGCACAGGGAGCCUUCAACCAACCAGGUUGCUGCCUUCUGUUAUCAACAAAGGUUGCAAGGGGCUGGCACAUCUCCUAGACUGAGGGCUGAGCAUACAAACGUGAUGGGUCAACCCAUUGAAGCCCCUUUGCAUUCCUCCACUCCAACCAAACCCAUUUCCCUACAAACUUCCCCGCUAGCUGUGGGAAACACUUUUUCCCCUAUAGAAAAAGAUACAUCCCAGCCAGGUAAGAGAUUCUUGUUUACAGAUAGUAAAUUGGCCAGUAUUAGAAAGGAAGAAACACAGGGUAGUGAAGAAACUUCAAAACAAGAGGGAUCACUGUUCCGUGAGAAUAGAAAAUCUAGUCUUGUCUCUUUGCCGAAAACUACAAUGACCUCUGAAGAGCUGUAUGCCAAAAUCCACAAGUCAAAAAAACAAAUGAACAUUAAAUUAGAACCUGAAAUUGUUCUCAGUCCAACACCAUCUACUUGCGGAAGUCAGUCUCCUAUCAGUUCAGAAAGAUCAGCCAGUCCAAAUGUACCGAAAGGGGAUGCCAGGUCACGACACAGCUGGUCCCCAAAUUCAAGUAAAUAUUUAGAUAUUGUAAGCACCUUUGAUCCUCGAAGUAAUACUCCAUCCCCAAGCCCUCAGGUUCCUAAGGAACAUGGUUUAACUCAAGUAACAUCAACUAAUGACUUCAAACGUCUUCUCCUCCAACAUGGAUCUGGAAGUGCAGUUAAAAGUAAACUCUCAGCUGUUGAGCGACUCAAGCAGGCAAAGCAAGCAGCAACGAAUGUUUUCUCAAACAACACAGCAAAGUUACGGUUUGGUUCAAACAGCAAUGGUGAAAGCACUAGUAAUGUUCCAAAACUAAUAAGUCAUCCUCAGUCUUCAACUUUAAAAGCCCCUCCCCCUAAAUCUUCUCUUCUGAAGCCUGGCCCUAAAUAUGCCUGGAGGUUUGCUGGACAUAAAAAUGAUGUCCGUUCCACUCCAAUAAUGGAGGACCAGAGGGAGUAUGAAAAUGUGCCUGUUCCUGAUGUAUUGCAAAUACAAACACUGUCUUCCUCGCCCAUGCCUGCAAGAAACUUCGGAAGGUCUACCGUUCAAACCAGACAGUUUCCUCAGGAUGGUACUCAUAAGACUGCCCUCGCAAUGCCCAAAACACCUGCUUCACUUUCUAGCCACCAACUGCAACCCCCUGCAUUAGAGGUUACUCAAUCAACACAAUCUAAAUUGCCACCCACCACAAAACAAGUUAAGGCUGGGAUCAGUUCUUCAACAGCAUUAGAGACAGCUUUGUAAAAUGUAUUGACAUGAACUGCCAUAAAUGUAAUGAGAUUUUUUUAAAAAGAUAUAGAUUGUCAAUUGUUAUUUUAUUCAAGAUGUUGCUUUGUACAUAUAUUUAUGACACUGUACAUAUAUUUAUUGUAUUAAAUUAUAUAUUUCUCACAUUU